AUGAGACAGGCUUUAGUUGUAAUCGCGGAGCUGCUCGCUGAUUGGUGAAGAUCAGCAUCGCCUUUAUGGAUAUUAAUAUGAUAAUAAGAGAUUUAGACGCCGGCAGUAUCGGAAAUCCUCGCACGUCUGCCUGAGGUAUCUCUGCAUUUUAUCUCUCGGUCUUUGCCAGUCAUCAGACUGUAAGCAUUUGCAGGCUAAAGACGCCAAUAUGACUAUAAGAAACGUGCGGGAUCAUGGGCAGCGUUACAGACCGCGGAUGGCUUGUCUGAAAAAGAUGGAAGCAGUGGUGUUGGAAAUGCAGGACCCUAAGACUGGGGUACGGUCUCAGACCCAAAGACUCGUCAUCACCACCAUCCCUCAUGCCAUCACAGGAGAAGACAUUGUUGAAUGGAUUUCUAAUCGUUUCAAAAUAGAUGUGGCUGAGGCUAGAGUAUUGGGCACCAUGAUGGUGGCCUUCGGAUACAUUUACCCACUUCAGGAUCACAAGAAACUCAUCAUCAAAUCAGAUCCCUCACUUUAUCGUUUUCAGACACCAUAUUUCUGGGCUGCACAGCAAUGGCCAGUGGAGGACACUGAUUAUGCAAUAUACCUGGCGAAGAGAAAUAUACGUAAAAAAGGGAUGUUAGAACUGCAUGAGCAGGAGCAGUACAAUCAUCUACAUAAAUGGAUGAACCACAAGUGGGACUUCAUAGUGAUGCAGGCCAAAGAGCAGUACAGGGCAGGGAAAGAGAGAAAGAAACCAGAUCGAGUGGUUUUUGACUGCCAGGAGAGAGCCUACUGGGUCAUACACAGACCACCGCCAGGAACAGUUAGUGGGAUGGACUAUGGAUUAGAACGCCUUGUAGAUCCCAAUCAGGAUGAGAAAAGAACAUCUGACUUCUACAGAAGAAUAAUCAUAUUCACUCAACAGUGCAUCAUGAGGCCAAGAGUGAAGUCAUCUGUGUCCAUUGGGGCCCUUGUCAAGUACACAACAACGUACAAACAACAUGACCCCUUCCUUUAUCCAUGCCUUCCAAGCAACCCAUGGUUAACAGAUGAUAUCACAUACUGGGAUCUUAACAUGCCAAAUGUUGAAAAUCCUACAAAAAUGAGAGUGGAGCGCUGGACUUUUAGCUUUGGUGAACUCCUUUGUGAUCCACGUGGACGGGCGGAUUUUCGUCUUUUUCUGAAAAAGGAGUUUAGUGGUGAGAACCUUGCAUUUUGGGAGGCAUGUGAAGAUCUAAAAUGGGGGGCUGCAGCUACAAUGCAAGAGAAGGCUCAACAGAUUUACAAGACAUUCUUGGCUCGUGGAGCACCUCGUUGGAUCAACAUUGAUGGAAAGACCAUGGAGAUCACCGUCAGGGGUCUGUCUCACCCACAUCGCUAUGUCCUGGAUGCUGCCCAGACUCACAUCUACAUGCUCAUGAAGAAGGAUUCUUAUGGGAGAUAUCUGAAGUCUGCUGUAUUUAAGGACACCCAGAAAAAGGCUGUUGCUCCUGAGCCACACAAAUUUAGUGAUGCUCAGCUGGAGCAGAACGCCAAGAAGCGAAGGCCCAGCCUGAGCCCCAUCAUCCUUAGGCAGCAGGAGGAGGCACAAAAGGCCAAGCUGGCUGCCAGUGGCCCUAUGGACAUCACACAGUUGUGUCGGUUCACAGCACCUGUGCCACAUUUAGCCGUGUACACAGGUAUGUGUGAGUCCCAGUCCACUGCCUCUCCAGGACUAAUGACCCUGCCCAACAGUGCCGUGUGUCCUUCUCCAAUAAGUGUGGCCAUUGACAGCACCCCAGCCUCUGAGAGGAGAUUUGAUGGUGGUGCACCUGCCUCAUCUCACUUCCCAUCUAUUAAUGAAUGCACAGAGGCAUCUGUGUCAGAGGAGAGUCAGCCUCAGGCAUCCAAGUCCCGUGUAGCCCUGUCUCUCAGCAGAAUCCUUCGGCGAGGAUGUAAUGCCCCGUCCAUGUUCGCCAGUCUCUCACCGAAAUGUGCUGUGUCAGCAGGGGGAGGAAGAGUACAACCACUCGGAGUGGAGCAAAUAACACAGCCCCAGCCCAAGAGGAUUGCAAAUUUUUUCCAGAUCAAAGUUGACAUCCCCCCUGAAUGCCGCAUCUACCCCAUUGACUCAGAGGAUGAGGAUGAGGAGAGCCCGGGUGCAGCACAAAGGGGAGUCAAGGAAAUUAUAUGUCCUUGGGAAACUGUCACCAAACAUGAUGGUGCAGGGUAGAGAGAUACAUACCACACAGAAGAAAUGACAGACAUGCAGAAAGAUACACAUAUAUUAGAAAGUGAUCAUCGUUUCCACCUAGGCAUGCCCUGGAACAAAAUGUUUGAAGUAACAACAUGUCAAACAUGUCUAUAUUUCUGAUAGCUUUUAGAUAGUGCCUACAUGUUCUAGUAGCUGGUGGAAAAGUGCUUGUAAUAUGGUUGUGGGAUUUUAUUAUUUGUAUCUGCCUGUUCUGUUCGUGGGUAUGACAAAGUCGAGGCCUUAUUUUAGAGGAGCUUUCUUUUAGCAAAAUCAUCAUCAAGGUGUUUAGUACUGCAAAGGUUUUGUACUUGUUUAUUAUUUUGUAUUUAUUAAAGAUGCAUUCAUAUGCACCGGUAAAAGAAAUCAUUAAUAUUUUCAUAGUUGCACUUAGUAUCUCCAGGAAGACAGCACAUGAGCAAUGUGCUGUCUGAAUGUAUUACCUUUAAAGCGUUUACAGUUCACUACAGAAUGUGAAUGUGGUCAUUGUUCAUAUUUGACUUGUGUAAGUGCCUAAAUAAAACAUUUUAAAAAUGCAUCUACAGCAACUAUAAUUAAACUUUUGCAAAUUACAAAUUCAA